UGCAUACAUAACGCCGCCCAGGGGACGAGCAUGAUAAUCCACCGUCGAGUGAAGCCGAGCUGAGCGAAGUGGAGAAGAAAACAGCCGAAUAUUGAUAUUUUAAAAAGUUUUUCACGCGUGAGUGGGUUUUAAAAUCAAGGGAGGAGAGCCGACAAGACGGAGACGCGCUCGGUGGGCUCUUCGCCCCACUUGUGUUUUGAGAUAUGGACGCUUUGAAAUCCGCUGGAAGGGCAAUUAUACGGAGCCCGAGCAUUGCUAAACAGUCGUGGGGAGCAGGCAAACAUAAAAAGCUUCCAGAGAACUGGACGGACACGAGGGAGACCCUGCUGGAGGGCAUGGUGUUUCACCUCAAAUACCUGGGGGUGACGAUGGUGGAGCAGCCCAAAGGCGAGGAGCUCUCUGCGGCGGCCGUCAAAAGGAUAGUAGCCACGGCCAAAGCCAGCGGGAAAAAGCUCCAGAAAGUCACGCUAACGGUUUCGCCUCGUGGAAUCAUCCUUUACGACAGUGCCUCAAACCAGCUGAUAGAAAAUAUCUCCAUAUACAGAAUAUCAUAUUGCACUGCGGACAAGAUGCACGAUAAGGUGUUUGCCUACAUCGCCCAGAGCCAGCACAACGAGACUCUCGAGUGUCACGCCUUCCUCUGCUCCAAGAGAAAAAUGGCCCAGGCUGUAACCCUGACGGUGGCUCAAGCUUUCAGAGUGGCAUUCGAGUUCUGGCAAGCUUCCAAGGAAGACAAAGAGAAGCGAGUAAAGUCGGGUUCAGAUGGCGAAGGAGCCAGCAACUCUCAGUCGGACAGCUCGGCCAGCCUGGGCAGCCUGAAGGGAGGAGAUGCAGCCACAGGGACUCUCCUGGAGUUCGCGGAGGGAGCCAAAGCGGCGCAGGCCCACUCAGGAACAAAACCGGCCGAGUCGGAUCCAUUCAUGGUGCAUAAUCACGCGGCGGAGAACAACAAUACCGUUUGGGAGCUGGAGGACGGUCUGGACGAGGCGUUUUCAAGCCGCAGUCUGGAUAGCUUUGAAUCCUACUCAGACUCGCUGAGUCUCGCACUAACCCCCAGGUCCUGGACAUUGGGGUAAACCCUCAGGACUUGAACAAUGAAGAGUGCCUCACCACAGGCAAAUGGGACCAAGAAGAGACAGACUCAGCUGCACAAAAAGACACGUUUGAGUUCUAACGUAAAGCCUCUGUCAAGAAGAAGGGAAAACCAGGGGGAAAAAAGAAGGCAAAAUGCUGGUAGAAUAGAUACAGAAGCCUGUGAAAUCAGUAAGUUUUCCCAGCUUCUCCCUGCUGCCACGUUUCCGAACCGUCUGGAUCUCUGACGGCUCUGAAUCCACCUGAGCAGAGAAGGACAACACGAGCCGACUGCUCACACAACAGGCCAAAGCAAUACAAACCAGUUCACCCCUUUACUUUCAAUGGAAAAAAAAAAAACAUGCAGCCACUCCAUGUUUUGUUACAGUCAGUCUGUUAUGUUUUGUUUUUACCUAUCACUCCUAUGUAUGUGUACACUGCGACGCGGAAAGCAUGCGAGAGCUACCGCAAGGUGGGCUGUUGUUUUCUUUAGUAGAUUGGAUGCUAACUCGCUAGAUCCAUACUGUGUUCAGCAGAAAGUUACUACCUAUAUGCGUGUCACAACUCCAGUGGGCACAAAAGCUUUAAAAAAAAUGUGUCAACAUUUGUUUGUUCAACAGAGUGACAAUCCUAUUUUCUUCUACUGCAAAAAAAGUGUAUUUUUGAGUGUAUUUUUGCACUCCGCUUUCAUUCAUCUUUAAAAGCACAGAAUUCAUGUAAGGGGAUUUUAAUAUCGAACACUUUUUUGCUUUCACAUUAACUGCUUUUCCUCCUCAACUUGAAAAAUUGUUUUUCAACAACUCUGAGUCCCUGAGCUAAAUUUGUGGGACAGAUACGUUGAUGUUGUUGUGCGUAACACAGUUUUAUUAAAAGCAAUUGCCAAUUCAGAAUUCCCACUCAGGAUCAAGGCUGUAAUAAGAAAAAGGAGCUGGCAAUCAGCUACUUUUACUGAAAAUCUCUCAUGUGUUCAUUUGAACUCUUGGAUUCAGACUUGUUAAACAGAUCAUUAAGAGGAUGAAGAGCUUUUAUUGGCACUCGGACGCCAUUUGUCAAAAUAUGUUACAGUGACGUUCAGUUUACUUUUUUUAAUUUUCUCCCCCCACAGGGACUGUUCCCAGUGUUAUUUUUGGUGUUUGUUUUAUGCAUUAAUUUAAAUUACAUAAAUUUUAAUAAAAAUCUAAUUA